ACGCUGCGUCUCUCUCUCCGUGGACCCUCCCACUAGCAGAAGAGUGACACGCCAUUCAAUUGCUGCCUGGCCCUUUGCUUGUAGCGAGCCGGAGGGAGCUUUGAGCGUUUCUAUCACAGAAGGAGAUCAACAAUAUCAGACAGAACCCCUCUGCAGCUGAGCAUAGGACAGACGAAGUUGGCUCGAAGUGUGUGGACAUGGGGAUCCGAAAGAAGACCAGCAAGAACCCGCCGGUGCUGAGCCAUGAGUUUGUCAUCCAGAACCAUGCAGAUAUUGUUUCCUGUGUUGCUAUGGUGUUCCUGCUCGGGCUCAUUUUUGAGGUCACCUCAAAAUUUGCAGUGUUGUUCAUAACAGUUCAGUACAACGUCACCAUAUCAACAAACGAAGGCCCAGAGGAGACGGCAGUGAACCACUUCCACCAUGGCAUCAAAGACCUGGCUACCAUCUUCUUCUACAUGCUGGUUGCCAUCAUCAUGCAUGCCAUCAUCCAGGAGUAUGUGCUGGAUAAAAUCAACAGGAAGAAGCACUUCUCCAAAACGAAGCACAGCAAGUUCAACGAGUCGGGACAGCUCAGCGCUUUCUACUUAUUCUCCUUUGGCUGGGGCGCAAGCAUACUUCUCUCUGAAAACUUUCUGUCCAAUCCUGUCACAUUGUGGGAGGGUUAUCCUCAUACACUGAUGCCAUUCCAGAUGAAAUUCUUCUACAUUUGUCAGCUGGGCUACUGGUUGCACUCUCUCCCUGAGCUGUAUUUCCAAAAGACAAAGAAAGAGGAUAUUCCACGCCAGCUUGUGUACAUAUCCCUCUACCUGGUCCACAUUGCAGGCGCCUAUGCUCUGAAUCUGAACCGUCUGGGUCUGGUCCUGCUCGUGCUGCACUACUUUGUCGAGCUGCUGUUCCACGUUUCUCGCCUCGUCUACUUCAGCAACGAGAACAGACAGACUGGCUUCACCAUCUGGGCGGUCUUAUUUGUCCUUGGACGGCUGCUCACUCUGUCCCUGUCUGUCCUCACCGUGGGCUUUGGCCUUGCCAACGCGGAGAAUCAAGGCUUCAGUUUGGCUGAAGGAAACUUUAAUGUUCUUUUCAUUCGGAUAACUGUCCUGGCCGCCAUCUGCCUCACUCAGGCCUUCAUGAUGUGGAAAUUUAUCAACUUCCAGCUGCGCCGGUGGAGAGAGCACGCCCAGGCUCAGAGCUUGAAAAAGAAACAGGUCCCCUCCAAGAGCAAAUCAAAGAAAGACAAAGCCAAUGGAGUAAACGGAGUAAACUCUCAUGGAGCUGAUUCACCCAGAGCAAGAAAAGAGAAGUCGUCAUAAACACAUUUCUCCCCCUCACCCCCUCCUCAAAGAUCCAACUCUUCACGUGCCUCCAAGGCUGCAUCCAACCGACAGCUCCUCCUCCUCCACCUCCCUGAUAUGCAUCUCCAGCCCCCCGCCACACAGAACUGACUGACCUCCACCCAGCUGGACCUCCAAGGCCCAGAAUGCAUUUAGCUUUACUUGCCGCCACUCGUCCAGCACGCCUUGAUUUAAGAAUCGUGGCUCUGCUGUGCCGUUUUCAAACUAAUUCCAAAAUAAACUAUGAAAAAAAGACCUUAUUUAAGAAGUGCCUAUUGAUGCGGAUUGUUUUGUACAGGGUGUGUAAUUUUAAAAAUUCAGGAAUGAUGACGUCAGUGUUUAAUAUUUCUCCCAAGUCAGGUUGUUCAUGCUCUUUCUUAAAUACUGUGUAUUCCCCCUUGUGUUUGUUUCCCUUCUUUCCUCUAGUGUUUGUACCUGCUUCACCUUUUCUUUGCAUCUGACUCCUUUUGAGUGACUUUUAGGACAUUUAUGGAAAUUCAUAUAGUCCAUAAAUCUCUUAAUUUCUCACGAGUGACAAAGUCCUCUUAUAAACUCCAUCCUUAGGACAUGACUGGGUUCACACCCCAGACUGUUCAACAAAACACACUUUUAUUUAAAAAAUCAGAUGCCCAGAUAGAAAAAAAGAGUAUUAAAUUGCAGGAGACUUCACACUGUUACGGUAAAUGUAGUGCCACAGUUUAGUUCUCUGUAACCUGAUGUAGCAUUUCAUUUUUGGAGUUCAGAGCAGCAUUUUCCUUACCAUUCAGUUCUACAUCACCUGCUGCAGUUCUGCCUGAAACACUGUUAACAGGGAUGAAGUCAGUUAAAAAAAAAACCUUCCUGAGUUGGAUUGUCUGGUGUGAUCCCUCAUUGUUUCCUGUUUCAGUAGGAUUAGGCUGCUGUAUUUGUUUACUCUCAUAUUAUUGCUCACCUGAAAAGUGUCCACAGGAAUGAUUCGAUGUAGAAGCGCGGACUGAAAAUGAAACAUUUUGUUUGGCUGUUCCCCCCUGACCCACUUUGGACUGUGCCAAAUGAGCCUGAUUGACUGUUGAUGUAUGCCUUUUACUUAAAUGCCAUAAAAUGAAUUUACAAAGCUA